AUGAAGUGUUUCAUAAUUCUGAUACUUUUCUUCUGUGACGUAUACACUCAGGACUAUUCUAAUGAAACUUUACUACAGUUUAUGACAAAACAAAAAAAUCUGAUUGAUAACCUAUUUCAAGGGUAUCAAAGAGAAUUAGCUCCUGUGUACGGGAGAGCAAGAUACACCCAGUCUCCACCCGCCAUUCAAGUUAACUUAACUGUCAGUUCGGCUAAAUUAUUGAAAAUAGAUGACUCGGAACAAUCGGCUCAUUUAGCAUUUGACUGCCAUAUAGCUUGGACAGAUUUCCGACUCAAAUGGAAUCCAGAUGAGCACGAUGAGAUUGAGGAAUUAAUCCUGCCGGAUUCACUUGUGUGGAAGCCGGACUUUGUUCCGGAGCAACUUAUUUCAUUCAAAACAACAACAACUCUAAGUGAAGGAUCAUCAGCAUUUGUUAAUAUCCGGCAUACAGGACUUGUGGAAUAUACUGUGCGAUAUGUGCAAGUGAUAUUAUGCUUAUUGAACAUUUCGAAGUUUCCUAAAGACAGUCAGGUGUGUAAAAUGCGUCUAACAUCAUAUUCUCUUCUUGCUCGUGAAAUAACUUUAAACCCAUCAGUUCACGAAUCUUUCGAGCUGUCAGAAGUAGACAAUGGUGAAUGGACAGUUAAAGAGUUAAUGAUAUUGAAUGAAACAACUCGAAUAUCUAAUAACUUAGAAUACCCAGUGGGAGGAUACAAUGUUCUAAUUAAGAGAAACUCACAAUUCUACACCAUUUUGAUUGUAAUACCUUCUGUCAUCUUGACUUUCCUAGCUUUCAUUGGCAUGUUCUUCUCAAGAAUUACGAAAGAUUCUUUGCCCGAAAAACUUAAUUUGGGUUUCUCCGCUAUUUUAGCGACGAUAAUGAUUAUUCAGAUCACAACAGAUAAUUUACCGAAAUCUCCAUAUGUUCCCAUUUUAUCUAUUUUCAUUGUUGUCAAUCUCUUCAUGGAAGUUGCAUCCGUGGUUUUAUUGUUAUUGCUCGGAAUAUUUCUAUUGGAUUAUGAUAAAAACGCUCAUAAGGAUGGCCUUCUUUUCUCAGUGGAAGCAAAAGCAAAAUUGAAUAGAUUCAUAUCAAAGAGAAUUCAUCAUUUCUUAUUAGUGAUCUCAUUGUCUCUUUUAUUACUGAAUGGCAUAAUAUUUUAUAAAAGCUAA